AUGUUCCGAAUCUCCACGUAUCGCCGCGAUCCAUCGGCGCUGGUAUGGUAUGCGUGCGUGCUGGGGGCGGCGCGAGCACGCCUGUCUGCUUUAAAAGCUGCCCGCUCGGAUCUGGUCGCGCGCGGAUCGUCCGGAGCCGGGCGUGCGCUGUGCGCUGUGGGCGCAGAAGCCUCGAGGGAUGGCGCGCGUUCUGCGUUCUGCGCCCUCGACCACGCAGACGGCAUUGCGGCUCUGUCUGGAUGCGCGCGGCGCGCGAGCGAUUUCUCUACGUACACGACGCUAUCCUACGUGUCCAUCGCGAACCCGCCGCCUCUGCCCCCCUCCCCUCCUGCGCCCGAGGCGCACGCGCUCUGGCGCUCUGGCAGGGUCCGACCGCCGGCGGGCACCGCCAACGCGAAUGAAUCCCGAAAGCGGAUCGAGCAGCCCCCCGUGGCUCCAUCCAUCACCGCGUCUCUGUCUCUGUCGCUGUCUCUGCUCUCUCGAGUCGCGGGUCCAUCCUCGCACAGGCUCGUUGCGCGCGCCUCGCUCCGUCCCCGAUGCCCGAGCCUGGAAGCUUCGUCGUCUUUACCCCCUUUCGCGUCGGCUUCCAUGCCUGACACGCCAAGCCAUGCGAUGUCGUCAGCGCGCGCUAUCUCGAUUCUCACACACACACACACACCCUCCCGUCCCCUCCCCUCGGCCGGCCGCUACAUUCGCGUCCCACCUCGCUCUGCACGGAGCUCCCGAACCGACGUUGGAGCUCGCAGUUUCGCUGCAGCAACGAGCACUCGUGCGUGCGUCGCGCCGCCGAUCGCAGCGCGCGCGAAAAAGGAAAUCGACCGCACUGGGCAUCGAGCAAUGAUCGAAGACGCGUUUAGCGCGCUCGGAGCGCCUGCUGUGUAG